AUUUGAUUCAUGAUCAACAUAUGUUUAUGAAACUGUUACAUUCUAACUAAUCAAUACAAUUAACUGGAUAAUAGCUUUACUUCAGAACCGUCGUUAGAUCUAAUAUGAAGACUGCAAGUAUUCUGGUUAUUGCCUUGUAUGUUCUUUUUGCAGUCCAAGAAGCAGAUGCAAGCUGUAGAACCCGUUGUAGAUUGAAAUGUGUUGGAAGAGGAUGCGGUGCUUACUUUGCUGCUGAACGUGGACCUUUCUGCUUAUGUAAAUGCUAUCGUUGUGCCAAUGAAUCUGUAACAAAGAUAGACAUAAAACAAAUAGAAGAACAAUCUUCCAUGCCUCAUCAACAAAUAGAUAACUUAGCAGAAGAACAGGCACAAUUCAUCCAACAAUUAUAACACAGAGAUUAGCUGAAGAGAAGAACUUUGUUUUCUAUAACUAAAAUUGUUACUGUUGAACUUUUGAAUGAAAUCACUUUUAAGUAAAUGUAUCUCGUA